ACAGGUCAUGUGGAGAAGGUGGGCAUCGAGAACUUUGAACUCCUGAAAGUUCUUGGAACAGGAGCUUAUGGAAAGGUGUUUCUGGUGAGGAAAAUAAGUGGCCAUGAUGCUAGCAAAUUGUAUGCAAUGAAAGUAUUGAAAAAAGCAACAAUAAUUCAGAAAGCCAAAACAACCGAACAUACAAAAACUGAACGGCAAGUACUGGAGCACAUUCGACAGUCUCCAUUUUUGGUUACUUUGCAUUAUGCUUUCCAGACAGACACAAAGCUUCAUCUCAUUUUGGAUUAUAUUAAUGGAGGAGAACUUUUUACCCAUCUUUCACAAAGAGAGAGAUUUACUGAAGAUGAAGUACGAAUAUACAUUGGAGAGAUUGUACUGGCACUUGAACAUUUACACAAGUUGGGAAUUAUCUAUCGCGAUAUAAAACUUGAAAAUAUUCUUCUUGAUUCUGAUGGCCAUGUGGUGUUGACAGACUUUGGUUUGAGUAAGGAGUUCAUUAGCGAUGAAAAUGAGAGAGCAUAUUCUUUCUGUGGAACUAUAGAAUAUAUGGCUCCAGAUAUUGUCAAAGGAGGGGAGACAGGACAUGACAAAGCUGUUGAUUGGUGGAGUCUAGGUGUUCUAAUGUAUGAAUUAUUAACCGGCGCAUCACCAUUUACAGUUGAUGGAGAGAGAAACUCACAAACAGAGAUAUCUAGGAGAAUAUUAAAAAGUGAACCUCCUUACCCUGAAGAAAUGACUGCUCUAGCUAAAGAUGUAAUUCAGCGUCUUCUGAUGAAAGAUCCUAAGAAAAGACUUGGCUGUGGUUCAAGUGGUGCUGACGAAAUCAAACAACAUCCCUUCUUCCAGAAAAUAAACUGGGAUGACAUGGCUGCCAAAAAAGUGCCAGCUCCAUUUAAGCCAGUAAUUCGUGAUGAAUUGGAUGUUAGUAACUUUGCAGAGGAGUUCACAGAAAUGGAUCCAACAUAUUCUCCAGCAACCACUCCACAAGCUGCAGAUAAGCUCUUCCAGGGAUAUUCCUUUGUGGCACCCUCUAUCUUAUUCAAACGCAAUGCAGCCACCAUGGAUCCCAUUCAGUUUCUGACAGCAGUUGAUCAACCUGAAGUUACAAGUGUUGCCAGAAGUGCUAUGAUGAAGGACUCUCCAUUUUAUCUUCAUUACGAAUUGGAUCUCAAAGAAAAACCACUAGGAGAAGGAAGCUUUUCCAUAUGUCGAAAAUGCUUACACAAGAAAACCAGUCAAGUAUAUGCAGUAAAAAUAAUUAGUAAAAGGCUAGAAGCCAAUACCCAGAGAGAAAUAACCGCUUUAAAACUUUGUGAAGGACAUCCCAAUGUUGUGAAGCUGCAUGAAAUUUAUCAUGAUCAGCUACACACAUUUCUAGUAAUGGAACUUCUGAAAGGAGGUGAAUUACUUGAACGCAUCCGGAAAAAGAAACUCUUCAGUGAGACUGAAGCCAGUUAUAUCAUGCGCAGACUUGUUUCAGCAGUGAGCCAUAUGCAUGAUGUAGGAGUAGUCCACAGAGAUCUAAAACCUGAGAAUUUAUUAUUCACUGACGAAAGUGAUAAUUCUGAAAUAAAAAUAAUUGAUUUUGGAUUUGCCCGCUUAAAGCCACCUGACAAUCAGCCACUUAAGACUCCAUGUUUUACUCUUCACUAUGCUGCUCCAGAACUCUUAAAUCAUAAUGGUUACGAUGAAUCAUGUGAUCUCUGGAGUCUAGGAGUCAUUUUGUAUACAAUGCUCUCAGGACAAGUACCUUUUCAGUCUCAAGAUAAAAGUAGAACAUGCACAAAUGCAUUGGAAAUUAUGAAGAAAAUUAAAAGAGGGGAGUUUUCAUUUGGAGGAGAUGCUUGGAAAAAUGUAUCUCAAGAAGCCAAAGAUUUGAUACAAGGACUUCUUACAGUGGAUCCAAAUAAAAGAAUUAAAAUGACCAGUUUGAGAUACAAUGAAUGGCUUCAAGAUGGUAGCCAGCUGUCAUCCAACCCAUUAAUGACUCCAGACAUUUUAGGAUCUUCAGGAGCUGCUGUCCACACUUAUGUCAAAGCAACCUUUCAUGCCUUUAACAAGUACAAGAGGGAAGGCUUUUGCCUUCAGAAUGUUGACAAGGCACCUCUUGCAAAAAGAAGGAAGAUGAAAAAGACGAGCACAAGUACAGAAACACGUAGCAGUUCCAGCGAAAGUUCUCAUUCUUCUUCGCAUUCACAUGGUAAAACUACUCCUACAAAGACACUGCAGCCAACAAAUCCCACAGACAGCAAUACUCCAGAGACCAUCUUCCAGUUCUCUGAUUGAAAAGCAGGGAAAUGGCUAUAACGAUGUUGAUAUAUGCACUCUCUUUA